CCCGUCUUCUGUUCUCCUGCUCCGCAGCUGCUGCGGAGGUGUCCUCCGAGCCUCGCACUCGUAGACGCAGAACCGACGCCCGGUUGCGAUGCCGCGUGGAAGCCGAAGCCGCACCUCCCGCAUGGCCCCUCCGGCUAGCCGGUCACCUCAGAUGAGAGCUGCGCCUAGGCCAGCGCCAGCAGCCCAGCCACCAGCACCGGCUCCACCAUCAGCUGUUGGCUCACCUGCUGCUGCACCCCGGCAGCCAGGUCUGAUGGCCCAGAUGGCAACCACUGCUGCUGGCGUGGCUGUGGGCUCUGCUGUUGGCCACACGCUAGGUCAUGCCAUCACUGGGGGCUUCAGUGGAGGAAGUAAUGCUGAGCCCUCAAGGCCUGACAUCACUUACCAGGAGCCUCAGGGAACCCAGCCAGCGUACCAGCAGCAGGAGCAGUUUGGCCCGUGCCACUAUGAAAUGAAACAGUUUUUGGAAUGCGCCCAGAACCAGAGUGACCUUAAGCUUUGUGAGGGUUUCAGCGAGGUGCUGAAACAGUGCAGAUUUGCAAAUGGAUUAGCCUAAUUAAUAAGUUCAAAUUGAAGACAUGGAAAAUCAUCUCUCAUGACUGAGUUAAUUUAGCAUAAAAAUAUAAUUGAUAAUGAAGAUACAAAGUGUGAAACCAUCCGUUAAAUCUCUCCUCUGUGAUGAAUCGUUUCCUUGCUUCAGAAUUGCAAUGGAAGAGGAUGUUCUUCUGUUCACUGAGAUGGGAUUGAGUUUGGGGCGGGGCACAUGUUUGUGUGGCCUCCUUUAACCAGAUUCUGUGAUGUUGGUAUUUGUGAAUUAAUUAGAAUAAAGUGAUUUUCUUCCAAAA